AUGGCUAUUCCUCGAUUACGUGCGAAUGCAAGUAAUGACGAGCGUAUGGUGCAUCCGAACCAUAUGAUCUAUCAGAAGAUGGAGAAUUUAGUGCAGACGAUGCUCGAUCCCGAAAAUGGCGUUCCCAUUAAAACCGUUAAAAGUUUCUUAUCAAAGGUUCCAUCUGUAUUUACGGGUCAAGAUUUGAUUGCUUGGAUUAUGAAAAAUAUGGAAAUGACUGAUCUAGCCGAUGCAUUGCAUUUAGCACAUCUAAUCGCAUCACACGGUUAUUUAUUUCAAAUUGACGAUCAUGUUUUAACGGUUAAAAACGAUGGUACUUUUUAUCGAUUUCAAACGCCGUAUUUUUGGCCCUCAAAUUGUUGGGAACCUGAAAACACGGAUUAUGCUGUAUAUUUGUGUAAACGAACAAUGCAGAACAAGGCACAUUUGGAGUUGGAGGAUUUUGAGGCCGAAAAUUUAGCGAAACUUCAAAAAAUGUUUAGCCGAAAGUGGGAGUUCGUCUUCAUGCAAGCCGAAGCGCAAUAUAAAGUUGAUAAGAAGCGUGAUCGACAAGAAAGGCAAAUUUUGGACAGUCAGGAACGAGCUUUUUGGGACGUUCAUCGCCCGGUUCCCGGGUGUGUGAACACAACUGAAGUGGAUUUUCGAAAGCUUUCUAGAUCCGGUCGACCCAAAUACAGUUCAUCAGGUCACGCAGCGCUGAAUGCUGUCGCUUCCUCCUCAUCGAUCUCAUCUCCCUAUUCAACGUCGGCCGUUGCCGCACAUCAUGCCGCACAAACGCCAUCCUGUUCCGGAAGUAGCGGUGCAAAUGGUGCACCGCACUCGCACGGUUCCACUUCACAAGCAGCAACCACCAACGAAUCACCUGCAGUAUCAAGCAGCACCUACACGAGACAUUAUAACUAUUGUCAGCGACCUGGUGUAAGAAGGUGUACGCAAAUUCAGGACACUCUUAAACAAGAGAUAAAUCUGCUACAAGCGAGAUUAACAAAAAAUGUACUCAAAACAUCGAAAGUUAUCGAAAACUUUUUGCAAUAUUUCGACCAUCGACGCAUUUUUGACCCUUUUUUAACUGCGCUCGGCACCGCAGCAGACCCCUUUCAAGGACAGCCAAAUCCGUGGCUUUCGGACACUGUCGACUUUUGGCAGCAUGAUAAAAUUACGGGCGAUAUUUCGAUGCGACGACUAAAGCUUUGGGAGGAGUCAUUUGAAGAGUUGUUGUCCGAUCAGUUGGGGAGGGAUACUCUUCAAAAGUUCCUCGACAAAGAAUAUUCCGGUGAAAAUCUUCGUUUUUGGUGGCAGGUGCAAAAGCUGCGUAAGUGUGCAUGUCGAAUGGUGCCUGUGCUCGUAACAGAAAUAUACAACGAAUUCAUUGACUCAAAUGCCACAUCUCCGGUUAAUAUCGAUUGCAAAGUUAUGGAAACAACCGAAGAGAACCUCAAAAAUCCUAAUCGGUGGUCGUUCGAUGAAGCUGCGGAUCAUAUAUUUUGUCUGAUGAAAAACGACAGCUAUCAACGCUUUCUACGUUCUGACAAUUAUAGGGAUUUGCUUAAUCAAUCGAAAAGAAAGGUAUGUUUAUUCUGCAUUUUUAACGCCACUCUUAUUCUUACAGCAGAUUUUCAUUGUCGUUUUGUUUCCGCAAUUCGUCGUUCUUGUUUGCUUUCAACGAAUGCACCAUUUUCAUCACUAAUCGCUCGUAAAACCUCACGAAAGGUUUCGCGAAGUCGUCGAAACGUGAGCACCGGUCUAACAUCCAUCGGCUCGACAUCCUCUCUAACAAACGUUACCGUCACCACCAACACAACCCCGUCCCCUCAGCACAAUCCCACUCAUAAUCCACCAUUCUCAUCAUCCACUUCCCUACUAUUACCUCCAACUAAUUUCCAAUAA